UUGGCCUUGACCUUGCAGUCAAAGCUUUCUGUUUUUAAGAGUCUGCCACAGGCAGACAGGAUGGACAAUGAAAACACAAGAUAAAGUCUUCAUGUUGAGUUUCUACUUCCACAUGUCCCAGAGUAGAACCAUAGUAUAUGCUUGAUUAUCAGUGUUCUGGAGAGGACAGUAAGACGUAGCCGGCAGAGUUGUUUUUAUCAGAGCGUCAGAUGAGGAGAGAAGUGAGUGAUGAAAAGAGAUAGAGAGCUGAGAUGACAGCUGUUUGACGGAGGGACACAGCAGGAGGAGGGAUCACAUGUGAGACAUCAUACGUAAAAGACAGAGGAUGCAACACACCGGAGGAAACGCAGAGCUAUACAUAGACUAAGAAUGAGUGAAACUUCAAGAGAGCUUGAGCCAUCAUCACAGCCAGAACCUGAGAGGGGGCUUCAGCUUCCACCUCUGCUUCAGCCGCCACUCCCCACCCAAGAUCCCUCCGCUCCCCAUCAGCAGACCCAGCUCCAGAUCCUGCAGCUGUCAGAGCAACAGCACCAACAAAAGCCAGGGUGGAUAAAACAUCAAAAACUGCUUGUCCUCCUUUUGGGGCUCUCCUUAUGUGCUGCCAUUCUGGGACUAAGUUAUUAUAUGCAUCACAAUCUUCACAAUAGAAGGAAUAACCAGACAGACACUGAGACUCCAUGUCUCUCCCCAGCUUGUCAGAGGGCCUCGGCCCGUCUGUCCAUGUCUGCUGAUCCCUUCACACAGCCCUGUGAUUACUUCCUGUUCUCAUGUGGAUCUGACAGACUUUCACCAGACAGUGGGGUGAGACAGAGAGGUCAGGGCAUCCCUGGACAUCCACAGAACCAUAGAGAAAAGGUUGUGUGGCCAGAGGGACAAACUAAAGAGAGAGAAGACAGAAGACUGAAAGAGGAGAAAAUAUUGGACAGAAAAACUGUGCUGUUGCAGUAUCUCAGGGAGAUUUUAGAAUCAAACAACAGACCAAAUAGUACAGCAGUGCAGAAGGCAAAAAGUUUCUACCAUUCAUGUUUGGACACCAAAUCCAUCGAGUCUGCUGGAGCGGAGCCCUUCCUCACACUCAUCCAGAAACUGGGAGGCUGGACAGUAACAGGCCAGUGGAAUCGGACUGAUUUCAACUCCACCCUGAGCCUGCUAAUGAAGGACUAUGGCACCUUUCCAUUCUUCAACCUCUUAGUCGGCAAAGAUCCAAAUGAAAGUGGCCAAGGGACAGGCAAAAGAUACAUACAGAUUGAUCAGCCAGAUCUGUUGAUCCCGAUUGAAUGGAACAGCAAGACAGAGAAGUCUCAAGCUAAAACACAGACACUACGUCCCUUCUUGGCAUCCUGUCAGAAGUACCUGGCACUGUUGGGUGCACAGCCCAGUGUCAGCAUGAUCCACGUAGGCACGUUCAUAUCUUUGUCGUCUGAGCUCGCUGUGGCUGCUACACCUCUGCAGUACCGUCUGUCAAAAGGACAGCUUUAUCAGCGCAUGACAAUCAAAGAGCUACAGAGCCAGGCCCCUGCGAUUGAUUGGUUGGGCUGUCUGCAGGCUGCUUUUCAUCCACUGCCCCUCACCGAAGACGAUCAUGUCCUUCUGCAUAAUUUACCCUACAUUGUGCGAAUGUCCAGCACCAUCAGCAGGUGGCUGAACAGGCAUGAGCUGAGAACAAGCGCUCCCGUUCACACUUACAUGAUCUUCAAUCUGCUGCACACCAUGAUGCCCGCUCUAGACUCCAACUUUUCUGAGACAGCGAAGAAUUUGUCUUUGGCUCUGGGUGACAAAGAGGGGGUAGCCCCUCGCUGGAAACACUGUGUGUUAGACACUGAAAGAGGAUUCGACUUGGUUCUCGCAGACCUGCUCAGUGAACGCACAGCACACAGAGAGAUAGAGGAGAUUAUUCAGAAUAUCUUUUCCUCCUUCAAGUCCAAAUUACGUGAACUCAAGUGGACAAACAAGAGGUCUUUCCAGCUUGUCAUGAAUAAGGUUCACUCUUUAAUUCCAAGACUUUGGACUGCAAACGAGAUCUCUAGCGAGGCUGAGCUUGACCUGCUUUUUUCCGAGAUGACAGUCAACACACAAAGCUUCUUCUCCAACUACGUCCAGCUGCUGUCCUUGUGGCAAAAGAGACUCAGCAAACUCUUGACGGAGCAGACUGUGGCGGCUGAUAUUCUGUCUGUCACACCAUUCCUCCAGGGCAAUGAGCUGCUCUUUCCGAUGGGAAUGUUUGCCCAGCCUCUCUUCGAUCCUACCUAUCCCAGGGCGAUGAAUUAUGGUGUAAUGGGUUUCCUUAUCGCCAAAGAUAUCCUCCACCUGAUCCUGCCUGACAUUUAUUCUCAGACUGAGACUGUGCGUGCUGUGGGGAAAUGCGUGUGGGCUCACUACCUCACGGUGACAGAAAAAGCAGGCCGGGAUGGAAGGUUUUCCCUCUCGGCAGCGCAGCAGCAGGAGGUGUGGGUGCAAUAUUCUGCACUGCAGAUAGCAUUGCAGGCCUAUCGUCAGAGUCUGAAGAACAAUCCCAGUGACACUUCCAUCGCAGGACUAUCACACACGCGUCUGUUUCUCACAUCUUUUUCUCAGGUUAACUGUGACUCCGAUCCAUACCGUGAAUUCAUGCCUUUGGAGCCCUCCUUCUUGAUUACAGUCAUUUGUGCCAAAUCUGGUCUCUGUCCAACAAGCCUACAGUGCCCAAAUAAAACCCAGCAGGAUUCAUUACAAACAUGCUGAAUACACUCAUCUGAUGCCCAGCAGGUUUUGUUUUUGUAGUUACUGAUUAUUGUGGAUUAAUGUGGAUUAAUAUGGAUUAUCUGGCAAACUAUCGACUUGAUGUUGCAGAAAUUGAGCACACAAGCUGGCAAACUAAAGAUUGCUGGUUGCAUUAAAGAUAGUUUAUAUAACAGAUAUGUAUGGAGAGAGUAAAUGUGUUACAGUAUGUAAAAGGCAAAGACAUUUUUUGUAUCUGUAGUUAUUGUUAAGAUAUGUUUGCCUUCUCAUAAACUGCAGGUUUUUGUGUAAAUAAAAAUAAACAUUUGAAAAACUA